AUGGACAUUCCCGAAGAGAUAACUGAUGACGAGAACUUCUUAGAAUUAAUUACCAUCGUACAUAUACCCAGGUUACCCAAAACUUACAAACAGAGACCUGAUAAUUUUCGGAUUUGGAACGACACUCAAUUCUUGCAACGUUUUCGGUUAUCAAAAAGUACUGUUAGAUCCAUAAUAGAUAAAAAAUCAUGCCCUCACGCCAGAUGAUAUGGUCUUUGUUACGCUACGUUACCUUGCAACUGGGUCCUGUUUGCAAGUAAUAGGGGAUGUACAAGGUAUAGACAAAGGAACUGCAAGCAGGGUUGUGUCGAAAGUUAUAAAAUCAUUAGUCCAUUUUAAAGAAUUAACAAAAAUGCCUGAAAAUGGCGAAGAGAGAACUGUGAUACGUCAAGAAUUUUUCAAUAUUGCUAGAUUUCCUAGGUGCAUAGGAGCUUUAGACUGCACCCACAUUAAAAUAAAAUCUCCAGGUGGUGCAGACCCAGAGAAUUAUAGGAACAGGAAAGGUUUCUUUUCCUAUAAUGUACAGGUGAUUUGCGAUGCCACUUUGAAAAUACAAAAUAUAGUUUGCCGUUGGCCAGGUGCAUCACAUGAUGCAAAUAUAUUUGCAAAUAGUAGAGUUCGAGCCUUAUUUGAAACCGGACAUUUUGGCGACAGUUUGUUGGUUGUAGAUAGUGGUUAUGGUAUUAAGCCAUAUUUAAUCACACCACUAAGCCGACCUGAAACUCGGAGUCAACACUUAUUUAAUGAAUCUCAAAUUCGCACUAGGAAUCCUGUCGAGAGAUGCUUCGGGGUAUGGAAAAGACGUUUCCCCAUCUUAGCAUUUGGAAUUCGUGUAGCGAAAGAAAAAAUUGAGCCAGUAGUUGUUGCAACAGCAGCCUUGCAUAACCUAGCAAUUAUCAUGAAAGACCCACAACCUUCAAUAAAUAAUGAAAUUGAAGCAGCAGUUGAAUUCAUUAACAACUUUGAUAUUGUACCAGUCCCAGUUGGAGGUCAAGAUGCAUCUAAUAAUAGGACAUGAUUAUUGUUAAUUAAUUAUUUCCAGGAUUUAUUGUGAAUGAUUCAAAAAUUCAGUUUUUAGUAUUUUUCUAAUGUUAUCUUCGUUUCAUACUAAGUGAAAGUGAAAGAUAUAAAUGAUGCAAUAAAGAAU